GGCCGCUGUUUGGCAGAGUCCCACGAAGUCGCGCACAGUAAACGACAACACCGCAGCUGCCAGCGAAAGGCUCACAGCUGCCUCUCUUCCGGACCGUGUCCCAGCUUGAAUCCGAUGAGUGCUCCUCACCCGGCGGCAGAGCAGCGGCGCAUGCGAAUCGGCCUUCGCAUCCACGGACCCUGCAUUGGGACCAGCAUUCGCAACGCACGGAACCCGGGGGGCUGAGCAAGGCACAGCGGCUGCGGACAUGAACAUCCGCAAGGGCGUCAUGACGGAGUACAAGCAUGAAUCUCGGAGACCGUCGCACGACGCCUCUCGCGAAAACGUCGCCUUCUGCAACGGCCACACCCGAAAGGACCGGUCUCCAGAAGCAGCGAACUACCAGCAGGCCUUCAGUAACGGCAUCGCGUGUCACGCAGCCGAGGAUGGCUCGAGGAGGGCAAGCGUCGUGUGCUACAGGGACGGCGAGGAAUGCGUCUUCCGGAAAGGCAUCUGUUACUCGGAGAACUGCGCAGGCGUAACCGACGAGAACCUGAACGAGUCCAGUGCAGCGCGUCUCAAGCCGGACGACGACUGCCCUACCAGGAGAAGCGCUCCUUUGCGGCGUCUAGCGAAGAGUCGUUGCUCAGCAUUUUCAAGCAAGCGGCUGUGCCGUUCUUCCUCGGCGGUCUAGGCACGGUGUUUGCGGGACUUAUUCUCGACACGGUUCAGUUCUGGCCCCCGUUCGAGCACGUAACGGAGCUGUUCAUCGUGGUGCCUCCGCUUCUAGGCCUUAAGGGCAACCUGGAGAUGACGCUAGCGGCGAGGCUGUCGACGCAAGCCAACCUUGGUAACAUGGACACGCCAAGGAAAGUGUGGGACAUUGCGGUUGGCAACAUGGCACUCGUUCAGUGUCAGGCGUGCGUGCUGUCGCUACUGUCAUCGGUGUUCGCCAUCGUCAUGGGUCUGGCCUCCGACGACGCCUUCCGCAUCGACCAAGCGCUGUUUGUGGCAUCAUCAAGCAUGGCUACCGCCGCUGUCGCCAGCUUCCUACUAGGAACGGUGAUGGUUCUGGUGGUCGCGUACUCUAACCGCUGCCGCAUCAACCCGGACAAUGUGGCCACAUCGGUGGUAGACGCACUCGGCGACAUGACUACGCUGGCCAUAUUGGCUGGGUUCUCUACUCUUCUGUAUGGAUACAUAUCCAAGCCCUGGAUCGCCAGUGUGUUCGGCACGGUACUGGUUGUUUUGUGCCCUGCGUGGGUGUACCUGGCGCGCGGCCACCCGACCUCGAGGAAAGUACUGGCUGUUGGCUGGUGGCCCAUCAUCGUCGCCAUGAUCAUAUCCAGCAUUGGCGGCUACAUUCUUGACCUGGCCGUGACCCACUUCAGCGGACUGGCCGUGUUUCAACCAGUCAUCAAUGGCGUCAACGGCAACCUGGCGGCUAUUCACGCAAGCCGGUUGUCGACGCUCUUUGCGCAGCGCUCUGAGCUUGGCUUUCAUCCAGAGGACGACAAGCGCCACUGCGUUGACCCUCUCACGGGACUAUGCGGAAGCAAUCGGCAAGCACGGGUGUCCCAGCUGUUGCUGCUGCUCUCGAUUCCGGGACACGUGCUCUUCGUGCUACUCAUCUUCGCGAUCAGCGACGCUCACGUUCGGCUCACCGUGGCAUUGGUGUUCUCCUAUCUGGUCGCCUCCAUCGUGCUGCUGACCGUACUGCUGUACCUGGCCCGCUGUGGAGCGUACUGGAUGUGGCGACGCAAGAUUGACCCGGACAACGCGCUCAUUCCGCUCUUGACGGGCUUCGGAGACCUGUGCGGCACCGGUUUCUUGCUGCUCGCAUUCCUCUUUCUCGAAAGCAUCCAAGACGACAGCGUCACCGGAUUUUUGGGCCUGGCCGCUAAUCACACGACAGCCAGCUGAACUGCUGUGGACCGCCGCUCGCGAGACCCGCGCUGGCUGGCCCAUGUGCAUUCUCGCGAGGCGUGCUCGAAGACGUGCCACCGAAAACCAAGACGAGGGCCACCUGUGCUUGACACGGCGACCACCUACGUUUCGACAACGAUCGCGUACGGCCGUGCCACCGCCACGACGGCUACAAACGCGGCAACUGAACAACUGCUCACUGUAAUUAGCGAUGUAUAUCUAACUGCACGGAUGGAAAAUUCUCAGUGCCGAACAAAAUGCUUCCCCUACAUUUGCAUUUCCAAACGAAUACUUGCGUGCGGUUCAAGUUCAAGUAUCUCCGACGAGUGCGCAGCGGGAUGUUACUUAUUCGGCAAAUAGAAGUGAUCCCGCAGUCAACCAUCACGUGACCUACAUUACAUUCGUUAUACCGCCCCCGGGAGCGGCCCGUUUUGCCGUGACACUGCUUGCAGGCUUGUGUGUGUCAUUGCCGGGCUAUAGAGGGGAGACGCGACGCCCGCGAAUUAUUGCGUAGAGAACAGUAGUCAAACUGUCAUCCAUAGAAUUAGUUAAUAUGGGCACACAUAUAACCCGAUUCGGGCAGUCGUGUUUAGAUGGUGCUUCGGAUAUUGCGUCAUGCAAAAGACGAAGCACGACGUGAAAGAAAA